AUGGGAAACGAGGCCCUUUACAAAACAAACAUCCUCAAAAACUGGAGGAAGUUUCUGAGGCAGGCGAAUAGAGGCAGUGCGUGUCUGGAAGUGGCAUGUACGCUGCUUCAGCGAGGAGGUGAAGAUGACUACUGUGGUGUGUGUUGUUUCCACUUAAGUGGAGAUGAAAAGGUGCAGUGUUUGAAGCCCUCUGCUGUGGCCUCGGUCCGACCCGUCUCCCACUCAGAGCGCUCCAUCGCGGGUAGCACUGCUGCCCGCCUCAUGCUCCUCGAUUCCACAAACAUCACACGGCUGCAGCUUCUUCCUCACAUGAUUCCCAGGAUGAAGACCAGGCUGGGCUGUCUGUCCCACAAGUCGGACUCUUACAGCGACUUCAGCGAGUUCUUGCCUCCCGCCCAUGAGACCACCGCACGCUGUCAGAAGCUGUCCACGGACGAGGUGGUGCGGUGGUCUGACUCAUUCAACGAACUCAUCUCACACAAAUAUGGGCUGGUGGUGUUCCGGACCUUCCUCAAGUCUGAGUUCAGCGAUGAGAACAUAGAGUUCUGGAUGGCCUGUGAGGACUACAAGAAGGUCAAGAACUCUACAAAACUGGCCGCCAAAGCCAACAAGAUCUACAAGGAAUUCAUUGAUGUAAAGGCGCCAAGAGAGAUCAACAUAGACUACCGCACAAGGGAGAGGACCAAGCAGAUCCUUCUGAUGGAGCCCACCCCCACAUGCCUGAAUGAGGUUCAGUCCAAAGUCUUCAGCCUGAUGGAGAAGGACUCUUACCCGCGAUUCCUCCGCUCUAAAAUGUACCAGGACAUCGUGAACCGGGCACAUGCUCGGGGGCAGCGGAGAUCUGUUUAA